UUGGAGAGAGAGGCUAAAGAUUAAGAGGAUGACAAAUAGGCAUCUGCUUACACAGCGUUAAGGGCUAAUCUGCCCUGCUAUACUGCAAGAGCCUUGAAGAGAGGGGAUUCUCACACAGGCGUAAUACGCACACAUGCACAACUACCCCAGAGACUCUCAAGGAGAGCAAGGCUCUCCAUGGUUUGUCAAAGGACACCUGGUAGGCUUAGACUGGAGAGCUCUUCCCAUGGAAGAUUCUUGGCUGGGUUGAAGAGUUCAGUCACUAUUGCAGAGACGUGGCCAGCCCACAGACUGGAUGCAGCUGCUUCUGGGCCAACACCUGAGGAGCAAGAGGCUGGAUUAGUUAACACAGCAAAGGACAAGUUGCAGAAAGCAGGGAGCUGAGGCAUCCAGCCUCUCAACAGGAUCAGCCACCAGCAUGGCUGUCUCCCCUACAGACUCAACAAUGAGCAAACGGAUGGAAGGCAGCCAGGCAGGACUCAGCCUGACUCCCAGCAAAGCUGGCAGCCCCAUGUUGCUGUGCAAGGUGUGUGGAGACACCAGCAGUGGAAAGCACUAUGGUAUCUAUGCUUGCAAUGGCUGCAGUGGGUUUUUCAAGCGUAGCGUCCGCAGGAAGCUCAUCUACAGGUGCCAAGCUGGCACAGGUAUGUGUCCGGUGGACAAAGCUCACAGGAACCAGUGCCAAGCCUGCCGGCUGAAGAAAUGCCUGCAGGCUGGAAUGAACAAGGAUGCUGUGCAGAAUGAACGCCAGCCCCGCAGCACAGCCCAGGUGCGACUCGAUGCCGUUGACUUGGAUCCCGACAGGCAAGCUGAACACCUGACCACAACGCGGGAUGUCCUGCUGCCACUGCCGACGCCACCCUGCCCCUCCCUGCCGAGCCACAGGGGCCCCACCACCUGCUCUGCAACAGGGGCUCCAAGGGGCCGACCCACAACUCCUCCCAGCAACCACCGCUUCAUGGCCAGCCUGAUGACAGCUGAGACUUGUGCCAAGUUGGAGCCAGAGGAUGCCGAGGAGAACAUUGACGUCACCAGUAAUGAGCCAGAGCGCCCAGCGGGAGAGGCACACGUGUCCCCGUAUCCCCCGACCAGCUCCGAGAGUGUCUAUGAAACCUCCGCCCGGCUACUCUUUAUGGCUGUAAAAUGGGCGAAAAACUUGCCGGUCUUCUCAAACCUGCCCUUCCGAGACCAGGUGAUCUUACUGGAGGAAGCCUGGAGUGAGCUGUUCUUGCUGUGUGCCAUUCAGUGGUCUUUGCCACUGGAAAGCUGCCCCCUCCUCUCUGUGUCAGAGCUGACCCCCACCCUCAAUGGAAAGGUCGUGUCUUCAGGAAUGGACAUUCGUGUCCUGCAGGAAAUAAUUGCACGUUUCAAAGUGCUUGGUGUGGAUCCCACUGAAUUUGCCUGUAUGAAGGCAAUUGUACUGUUCAAACCAGAAACACGAGGUCUGAAGGAUCCAGACCAGGUUGAGAAUUUGCAGGAUCAGUCUCAAGUGAUGCUGGGACAACAUAACCAAUUACAUUACCCCAGCCAGCCAGUCAGGUUUGGAAAGCUGCUUCUGCUUCUGCCUUCGUUGAAAGUUAUUUCUUCAGACCGCAUUGAGCUUCUUUUUUUCCGUAGGACCAUUGGGAACACUCCCAUGGAGAAGCUGCUCUGUGACAUGUUCAAGAACUGACACCUCCAAGAUUCCAGAAUGCCAGUAUUUCUAUUUUAAAAACCUUGAACCAAGCACAAGACACAAGCAAAUGCUUCCUCGUGAAUAGGCUUUGGCUUGUCAUAGACUGGAAGGUGGCAUUUGGCUGCAGACCAGGAAAGUCGCUAGGACCCAAACACUGAAUUUUUACAAGGAGUGUUAAUAGUUGCCUGAAGUCACGCCCUCUUAUUAUGGGACCCUUCUUAUUCAUUCCAAAGAGGCAGUAGGUUUGGGUGUAUGUAUGUAUGUAUGUAUGUAUGUAUGUAUGUAUGCAUAUGCAUGGAGAUGCACUUUGUACCUACUCAGAGAACUCACCAUUGUUUCCAUGGUCGAGUUUUGGCCUUGAAAGCAGGUUCUUGGACUCAAAUUCAGCUCUAAUUUUAACUAUAAAACUUGCUCCUUAGUGCUGUAAAGUGCUUCUAGCUCACAAAGCUUAGAAUGAACAAGUAGCACAUUUUCCUUUAAAGACAAUCAAGUGUACUUCUACAAUUCAUAGAAGGGGAAACACAGUGGAAGGGGGCGUUUUCCUCUACCUUACUAAAGGAGAGCACCAUGGAAGAGUGUAAGAACACAAUGAUUGG